AUGGAGAAGGGAAUUACGGCCAGCGAGGGAGGUACCAACACCGCACCAAUGAUGACUUCCAAGGAUACUGCUGCCGAUGAGAAAGUUACCACGCCGGAUCUGCAAACGAUGAACGAUGACAAGCUGGCCAGGAACGAGUGCAUCAAACGCAUCAUCGCCGAGGACAUCAAAGAAGGCAAGCUCGAUCACUCCUACCUCAUCAUUGCCGACAAGCGCUUGAGCUGCCUGGGUGUCGCGGACUACCUGGUGAAUGAGGGUGUGUUUGCUGCAUCGGAGGUGCGCGUGUGCACUGGCUCGAAUUACAACAGAAAGGGCCGUGUCUACGUUCGCCAGUUCAAGAAGUGCGAAGAAGGGGUCAGGGUUCUGAUCAUGACCCCAGAGUUCGCAAUCCGCGGAGUCAGCUAUCCAUGCCAUCCCAGCAUCAUCUGGUACAAGACACAUCCCGUGUACGACACUCCGGCCAGCCUUUUGAACGCCUACCUCAGUGCAGUCAGCCGCCUCGGACCCAUGAACAUCGAAGGCCACUUCCAUGCUCUGCUGCGUCCUGGAGAUCGCGAUGACGAGCGUUUGUGUGCUGCCAUCGUCCCAUUCUACGAUCAGAAGGAGAUGGGACAAGAUAAUCCAGUGACGGACUUCAUGAGAGAGAUGGCGAACGCUAGCAACACCAAGGUCACUGCAGCUGACGUGAGCAAGGACGGUCAAUCCGAAGGGGUGAUGUGCCGCAUCUUCGGUGCGCCUCGAUAUUGA